GUGAGCCCGUGGGUGGUAGUGUGCACGCUGCUGUGCACACAAAGAGCUCUUCUCUGCACUGGUCUCUCUCUACCUCACUGUGCAGCUGCAGAGGACAGGCAGCAGAACGGAAAUUGAACCCAUGAUGGCCUCUUCUUCCUCUGCGGCGAACCGACGCCAGCGUUCUCUCUCCCCCAUCCUUGUCGCUCUCUCAUUGCUGCCGGCGGCGGUGCUCUCAGCUACUACUAGAGGCGAGCAGGAGGGCGACCGGGUGCGGUUCCUCCCCGGGCAACCGCCGCGCCCGCCGGUGUCCCAGUUCGCCGGGUACGUCACGGUGAACGAGCGCAGCGGGAGGGCGCUCUUCUACUGGUUCUUCGAGGCGCAGACGUCGCCGGCGCAGAAGCCUCUCCUGCUCUGGCUCAAUGGAGGCCCUGGUUGCUCAUCUGUGGGCUAUGGAGCAGCUUCUGAGAUGGGGCCUCUCUUGGUCAAUGGCAACGGGACCGGGUUGGAGUUCAACAAAUUUGCAUGGACCAGAGUGGCCAACUUGCUCUUCUUGGAGUCUCCUGUUGGAGUUGGCUUCUCAUACACAAAUACCACCUCUGACCUAGACAGCGUGGACGAUGGCUUCGUCGCCGAGGACACCUACACCUUCUUAGUGAAUUGGUUCAACAGGUUUCCUCAGUACAAGAGCCAUGACUUCUACAUCUCAGGAGAGAGCUAUGCAGGUCAUUAUGUCCCUCAGCUGGCUGAAAUGGUGUAUGAGCGCAACAAGCAUCUUGAAAUGAAUCAGCAUAUCAAUUUGAAAGGAUUUAUUGUUGGCAAUGCAGUAACUGAUGAUUUCUAUGAUGAAAAAGGGCUGGUUGAGUUUGCCUGGAGCCACUCGGUGAUCUCCGAUCAACUUUACCAGCAUGUAAAAAAUGUUUGCAACUUCAGGACCAUCUUCUUUACUGGGGAAUGCGCCCGUGCAAUGAGCCUUGUAUACACUCAGUAUGAUACGAUUGAUAUCUACAACGUGUACGCACCAAAGUGCAAUACACAUUCAUCUAGCUCCUACAGCACAAAAGAAAAGACUGCGAAGAAGAAGUUCAAAAGAUUGAGGAGGUAUUCGGGAUAUGAUCCGUGCUACUCAACCCACAUUGAAGAUUACAUGAACAGAAUUGAUGUACAGAAAUCACUUCAUGCGAAUAUCAGUGGAUGGAUCAAGGAUAGAAGAUGGAGUAUCUGCAGUUACUCAAUAUUCGACAACUAUGACGACACCAUAUUUACUGUUCGUCCUCUUUACUCCAAGCUUGUCAGGACUGGACUAAGAGUUUGGGUCUACAGUGGAGAUAUGGAUGGCAGGGUUCCAGUUAUUGGAACACGGUACUGGGUCGAAGCACUUGACCUUCCUAUGAAGUCACAGUGGCAACCAUGGUACCUAAACAAUCAGGUUGCUGGAAGGUUUAUCGAGUAUGAAGGAUUGAUCCUGGCCACUGUCAGAGGAGCAGGCCAUGAUGUGCCUCAAGACAAGCCAGCAGAGGCACUUGUCUUAAUCAGUUCUUUCCUUUCAGACAGACAACUGCCAACGAAAAACAACUGAUGGCCGCAGAAUAAUUUGCCGAAUGAGAAAGAGUGAAAAAUUACUCACAUUGACAUUGACGUAAUAGAGCAUGAAGUAUUGGCACAUUUGGGGAAUGAAAUUUGCCGACAUGAAAAAGGUUACAUUGUUGGAAAUGAUUGUACCUUUUAGGAUAUCUGUUGGCAGGUCAUGUAGCUUCGAAAACAUUAUUGGGAGCUCACUGUGGUAUUUAUUAUUACAUACUGCUGAUUUUGAUUAACAGCGUUUCAGAACUUCAUGUGAGGGGAAAACAUGAGGCUUGGUUUAUUCUUGUGCAGCUUUUAAUCAGGUCUGCGGAUGCUUUGUUCUAAGUCAUGUCAUUAUUAAGUUUCUGAUGUAUGGAAAGCUCUGGCCUGCUUUCAGAA